UGCAGGGGCUCCUUCUCGGCUCAAAACAUAUUCCAAGCUCCGAACCAUUUCUAACAUGGGAAAACUUGACUUCAUUGAUCAUGAAUAUGAGUAUCCGUAUUUGAAAUUUUAUCUUGAAUAAACGAUUCGAUUGAGAAAAAAUGGGUUUGAUUCGCAAAACUCUGGGCGCGACGCUGAUGGUUGUAACCGGAGGUGCCAGUUAUCUGCACGCGACAACCAAUCUAACGACUCCACUAUCAGCCGAUGACGAGCUGUGGUCCAGCAAGAGCUUCAAAAAGUUCAAUCGACAUCGUAACCCGUCCAUACAAGACAUUUGCUGGAAAAGCCUACCUAUAUCAGAUGUCCGACCGGAACUCCGCGACAAUGAAGAGGCGCUGACAAUUGAAUUCUGUCGCGGCGCAUGGGCUGGAUACGCAUAUGCGCCUCAGCGCACCAUCAUGGCAUACACCAACAAAGGGCCCAAGACGGAGAAUCAACUAUUUGACGAACAGCAAUUGGCAUCUUCCAAAUACGAGCUAGGAACCCGAUUCUCGGACCAUUUCGAAGUGGUAGAAAGGACGCGCAACUCGGUAAUGUUGAGAGGUGGCGGAUCACCACUGGAACCCGGACCCCGCGAAGUAGACGGGCUGUUUGUCAUAAACGCGAAGCUGAACAAACAAGCCGGCACGGUUGACGUUGGAUUAAAGACAGUCUUCUUUAAUAGCGCGGAGGCUACAGGGAAGAAGCCAGCUCCUUUCCUGGUUGAAUUACUCCACCGAUACUAUGCUAGGGCGAUGGUCGACGACGGCGCCCGACGAUUGACGAGAAAAGGUCCGUGAACGUUUUCGGUACUUGUGGUGUAUUAUAACCAUGAACCAUGCCAUAUGCCCCCAAUCUGGGAAAUAAAUGCGUUAGUUACCUAGUAGGUAAAUGGGAGUUAAGGAGUUGCGUUGCUUUUUAUCGAUGCGAAAUAAUAAAAAAGCGCAAAGUCAAGAUG